AUGUCUGACCGCGAGUUUGGCGGCAACGACGACUUGUCGCUGCCAAAGGCAACCGUACAGAAGAUUGUUCAGGACAUACUGGCCACCGAGCCGGGCAUGACCUUUGCGAAAGACUCGCGCGACCUCCUCAUCGAGUGCUGUGUCGAGUUCAUUACCCUCAUCUCCUCCGAAGCCAACGAAAUCGCCGAAAAGGACGCGAAGAAGACCAUUGCAUGCGAGCAUGUCAAGGCAGCGCUGGAGGAACUCGACUUUGGCGAUUACGUGCCAGCGGUCCUUGAUGUCGCGCAAGAUUACAAGAAGCAGCAACAGAACCGCGAGAAGAAGCAAACCAAGAUCGAGCAGAGUGGUAUGACUGAAGAGGAGCUCAUCAAGGCUCAAGAGGAGCUAUUCAAGUCGGCGACAAACAAAUUCAAUGCGGGACCGCAAUAAUGAGUGUCAUAUUCACAUCAAUCCUUGACACAGAUGAUUCACACGGCGUUGUGGUGUUGGCCAUAGUGGUCUCGGGACGGAGUUUGGGAUAGACAGAGCCAUGGUUGCAAUGCACUGGACAUGCACGGCGGAAAUCCGAGCGUCAUAGGAUAUGACAGGAGCAUGAAACGGUGUGACCAUACGAAAGAUACGUCAUUAUGCUAGCAGUGAGCACUUCUCUGC